GUCUUUAUUUCUCUUAAUCUACAACUUUCUGUCAAUCGAACUAUCGGAAGAACAUAAACGUCUAGAGAAGUCGAGGAAUUCGUUUGCGUCUAACUAAAGAAAUGGCCUAUUAGGUUCUUUUGCAUUUCUUUGAGUCUAUAAAGCAUUGUCGUCGUCGGUCACCGAGUGCAGUAACCCGCGAGCUUUGCUUUGAAAAACCUAAGAAUUAUUUUAUCUCCACGAAUUUUGUUUUUAAAAUAAUUAAUACCUUCGCGUCGAAAAAUUGAUCAUCAAAGUCAUGAACGCGAUAAAGAAACGCUUGCAAAUGCUGAAGAUCGAGAAGGAUCUGGCGAUGGACAAGGCCGAUCUAUGCGAUCAGCAAGCAAAGGAGGCGAAUCGACGAGAAGAAAAGCUGAGGGAUGAGGUUCGGGAACUUGGAAAGAAAUUGGUGCAGAUGGAACGCGACUUGGAAUUGAGCAAAGCCCAAUUGGAAAAGUCGAAUAGAGACCUCGAGCAAAAAGAAAGGGUCUAUAUUGUGACGCAAUCCGAGUUGGCAGUUUUGAACAGAAAGAUGCAGCAAUGCUUGCAGAAUUUGGAGAAAUCAGAAGAACGUCGUUUAACGGCGCAAGCUAAACUGGCGCAAGCGAUGGAAACCGCGGAGGAUGCGAAACGUAUCUGCAAAGUUUUGGAGAAUAGAAGCAAACAGGACGAGGAGAGAAUGGAUCAAUUGAUGACCCAGCUGAAAGAGGCGAGGCUAAUUGCUGAAGACGCUGAUACAAAGUCGGACGAGAUCUCGAGGAAAUUGGCUUUUGUGGAGGAUGAAUUGGAAGCGGCCGAAGAGAGAGUAAAAUCGAGCGAGGCAAAAAUAAUGGAACGAGAGGACGAGUUAUUCAUUGUUGGUAACAUAUUGAAAUCUUUGGAAGUAUCCGAGGAAAAGGCUAAUCAAAGGGUAGAGGAAUUUAAAACACAGUUGAAGGACUUGAAAGUGAAACUGAAAACUGCUGAAAAAAGAGCCAUCAUUGCGGAAAAAAUGGUGAAAAUGUUCUCGAAAGAAUUGGAUGCGAGAGAAGACUUUCUAUUUAGAGAGAAAGAGAAAUACAAAUAUAUCUGCGACGAUAUGGACUCCACGUUCGCUGAACUCACCGGAUAUUAAUCGAACUUUUAAUCAAUAUCAAACCUUUCUGCUUUCUUUUUCUACGUCAGUGUUUCUAUUAAAAAUUAUACCCA